CGAAGAAUUGGACUCUUAUUGGAUUUUAUAUGGUCUAAAGAAAUUAACUAAAAUAUUAAAUAUUAUGUACUUAUUAUUUUUGUGAUUCAACGUCUUUAAUAAAAAUCUAAUCUAUUUUCCUUUGCAAAUAUCAUGAAAAAGUAAAAAUUAAAAACAAUCUUGUGGCUUGAACAGGCGGUAUAUUUUUAAAUCGUGUACAAUUGAUAAAGUUAAUUAAACAAACCAUUGUGUUAUCGGGAAGUGCAUAAGACUAAUAAAAAUUGUGUUAAAAUAAAUUUCAAGGAAUUACUACUUUCGAGUAACUGAUGUGUUCCGUGUUAUUAACCUUCAUGGACAGAAUGUGUUUUUAAGUGGUUUUCAAUGUAUAAACUUGUAAGGAUCCCAGGUUUUAGUCAUUAAAUACGUUUAUGUUUAAGGUUACCGCCAUAGUCCAUAAUGUUCAAAUCAAACCAAAUCAUCCAAAUGGGGAGGUUCCUACAAAAUCUGAAAAUACCCUCAUCCGCACAAUGCGUGUGUUACCACAGUCAAUAUGUUCAGACCAGAGUGCAUUCGACGCACAGCGAUCAGCAUAGACAAAAAGUAGUCAUAGAGACCACAACGCCAAAGAUUGUUUUAGACAAAUUGGGUAUAGACAAGAGGGAGCAUAGAAAGGAGGUUUGGCGGGAUAAAAUAUUGCCGUAUGUCAAAUUGGCGAGAUGGGAUAAGCCUGUAGGUGUCUACCUCCUGUACUGGCCUUGUUCUUGGUCGAUAGCAUUGGCAACUGUCCCCGGGAACGUGCCUCUGCAAACCUCACUCCAAACAGCUGCUUUGUUCCUCGUUGGAGCUGGACUUAUGCGAGGAGCUGGAUGCACUAUAAACGACAUGUGGGACAGAGAUGUCGAUGCUCAGGUCGAACGAACGAAAGACCGUCCGUUGGUGACUGGCGAGGUGUCCAUGACCGGCGCCACAGUGUUCCUCGCGGCUCAGCUGUCUCUCGCACUCUCUGUGCUGUUACAGCUCAAUUGUUAUAGCGUGGUGUUGGGAGCGAGCAGUAUGCUUCUAGUAAUAACGUAUCCGCUAGCUAAAAGGUUUACAAACUACCCGCAAAUCUUACUCGGCGCCACGUUCAACUGGGGCGCGUUGUUGGGGUACAGUGCGGUCCAGGGUCAAAUAGACCCUGAAGUGUGUCUCCCGCUCUACGCAGGGUCUUUGGCGUGGACUGUAGUUUACGAUACUAUAUAUGCGCAUCAGGACAAAGCGGAUGACGCCCGUGUAGGCGUCAAGUCCACAGCGUUGACGUUCGGGACUCGCACUCGCGCCGCGCUGACGGCGACGCUGGGUGUGAGUGCCGCGUGUUUCGCGUGCGCGGGCGCAGCGGCGGGACUGUCGCACGCGUACUCGGGCGCGUUGGCCGCGUUCUCGGCCAUUCUGGCGCAUCAGAUCUACACGUUGGACACAGAAAACGCGCAAGAAUGCGCGGCCAAGUUCAAAUCGAACUCGUUACUCGGCGGUCUCAUCCUAUUGGGCAUACUGGGCGGUGGGUACCAUCAGUACAAAGAGAAUAGCAGGAAGCAACCGCAAGACGCUGAUAGUGCUAAGAGUUGCUUCUUUUAGUGGCUGGGGUUGGGGUGACAAGGGUGACAACGGGGGUGACAUCUGAUGAGGUUGACAAUUAAUAUCUUGAGAGGUCAUUUGAUGCAGGUGACAUCCAGUGAGGGAGACACCCGAAGGGGUGACAUUAGUCGGGGUGACACAUGGGGUGACAGGUAGGUCUCGUGUGGUGUCAAUCUUACAAGACAUCCGGCGAGGUUGACAUUGCGGGAGGGUGACACUUCAUGGGUGACAGGUGGGUUCCAUACGGUGUAGUCCGUUUGUGUAGUUACCACCGUCUAUUUUGCCAGUCCAUUUGUCCAGCAUUUAUAGUUCAAAAAUGAGGGUAGGUAUAUAUUUAGAUAAUUAAAAAUAGUGUAUGAAUUAUUAUAAAGUAUCAUUUUCAUUUGAAGGUAAUGAAUUAUUGCCAAUUUGUAGAGAUGGGUGGAUGAAAUAUUUUAAUAUAAUAACUAAAGGUUUUUUUGGUACAACAUGUAGGUAUCACCGAAUAUCGACCUUGAAACACCCUGUAUAGUCAGGAUAUAGUAGGGUAAGUUCGGAUCGGGUAAUACCGGUUAUCAAACUGCUAAACUGUAACCAAUUUAUUAGCAAAGAAAUGUUACAAAUUACUUAAAUAAAAUUGCAAAUAAUAUUCAAUAAGAUAUGUUCGCGUCGGCAGGCCGUGGGAUCGCUGGGCUGAUGGAAUAAAAGAAGUUGCUGGACUUUACGUUUUAUCACGCAGACUUACGUUCGUACAACGCGUCAUGUAACACUGUUUUUUUAAACUUAUAACAAAGGUAUUUUAGCGACUUUCCGGUAUUUUGCGUAACAUAAUUGUGAAUAUUAGGAAAACAAAUGUUAGCAGUAGUUGAUAUAACGGUUUUACCCCGCUGUCCGAAAUUACCCAACACAAAAAAAAAACAUUAUACCAUUAUAACGAUAGUUGUAUUUUUACUAUAAAAUGUGUUAUAAAAAAUCCACCUAUCUCGAAACAUCCUGUAUAGUUAUGUUGUUUUUAGGUGCUGUGACUAGUGAAGUAGAUAAUAUAGUUAAACUUAUUAAUAAUGAAAUUAUCAAAUGUAGAUACAGGGUGGUUCUAAAUGAAGGUAUCAAUAAAAGUCAAUAUUAUUUCUAACUUGUUGGUGAAGUGAGACUAUAAAAAUUGGAUUUUUUCAUCAAUAAUUUAGAAUAGCAACUCUAAAAGCAAAAUAUAGAUUAUUCUCGACUUAUUAAACAUUGCAAA